UUUAACACAGUUUAUCAUUUUAAAAAUAUACACAUUUUGCUGUUGUUAUGUACUUGAAAUAUAUGCAGCAAUAAAAAAAAUCGCAAAUGAAGUUAUAGUACGCAGUUUUGCUUCAUAAAUUUGUUGUAUAUCUAUUAACAUACUUGGCGUUGUUAUAAAGGUUGGGAAGCAUUGCUUGACGUUAUCUUAAUGUUUAGCUGUUAACUUGGUGAAGCUUUUUCUAUAAAUGCCUUUUAGAGAGGAAGCACCCCGUUCUCAAGUUCGAUCAAAGUCAGUGACUGAUGAGGAACCGGACUUAGAUGUAGAACUUUUACUGAAAAGUUUGGAAGAAGACACUUUUGAUGUGUUUUCGAUUCGAAUUAAUAAUGUUAUCGUUUCGAAAUCAACUUUGUACGCUAUUUUUGAGUCACUAAAAACAACAAAAAGUAUAAAGCACUUGUGUCUUGUUGGUGUUGACAUGAACGAUGAAAAAGGCUUAGUUUUAAACGAAGCAUUGGCACUAAACGAAACAUUAGAAACAUUGAACUUAGAAUCAAAUAGUCUCACAAAUCUUGUUAUUGAGCCACUGUGCAAAAUUUUGGAAACUCACAAAACUAUUCGAGAGUUCAAAUGUGCGCAUCAGAAGGCUGGGUUAGGAAGCAGAGGGGAAGAAGCAAUGGCUAGAGCUUUAGAUAAGAAUGAAAGACUUUUAAAGAUUGGAUAUCCUUUUAACGUUCCAUCUGCAAGGAGCUUAGCUGAUAAAUGUCAAUUGCGUAAUAGUGAGCGAAUUCGACAGCAAAGAGCGAAAGGGGAGGAAUGUUAUGAUCUAAAAAAGGCGCUUAAGGAAAGAGACGAACAUCCACAACCGUGGAUUAAAAACGCUUCAGAGAAUCGCGAUGCCAAAAUGAAAUUACAGAUUAAUGAGCAAAAAAAGAGUAUGAACAAAGUUCCCGACUUCAACAAAAUGAUGUUUGAGGCUAAACAAAGAGCAGUCGAGAAUGCAAAACCAGUUAUGGAUAACGAACUCGCCCAAAAACUUGCUCAAGCCAAGAAAAUGAAUGGAAGAAUUAUUUCUCGAUAAAGUUUAUUUAAAAAUUCACUUUUAGAAUAUAUUUAUUUAAUUUUUUAUUAA